GAACGUAGACACGGCGUUUUCCAGGUUGCUGUCGGCGAUGUUGGCUUCUCAAGAGACUACAGCAUACUGCGAUGAAUGUAGAGUAACGUAACUGCACCAUCAAGAAUCACCAUCGCCAGCGCAGUGUGGCUGGCCAUGGAGGAUGGAACACGAAACAGCACUCCGCGAAUCCACCCUGUGCGCCAUGAGAAGCAAAUCUCGAUGCCUGGUGACAGCGACAAGGUAGGGUCGCAGCCAGUUUCGUGUAACCACUUUUGUUACGGUAGGUAGAUGGAAGACGCCCAGUCUAUGAAUGCAAUAAAAGGCCGGUUGUAGAUCCUCCAUGCGAAUGUGACGGAAUCUCGCCGUUGUCGCCAAGGAUCCCAACUUACUUCAAAGUACGAUAUGUCGACAACGACAUAACAGAGUGAGUUGACUUCGUGUGAGCAACUUAAUCGCGGCGUGGUUAGUAACCCAAAUGCCUCAUCUGCAAAGAGCCCCCCGCUUGUUACUCUUCAGCAACAGAUACCAAAAAAGGUCAUGAUGAAUGACACCAAACGGUGGUUUCAUCAGUGACCGAGAAUGCCGUUCUUGGGGGCGCGUUCAUGGUUACGUCCACUUAUCGCUCUGCAUGCCCUGGUGGAAGGACUGGCCGGUUUCCAUAGCCUACCAGGCUUGCAGGGGGGAACCGUGCUUCUCUGGUUCCCCGUCCUGCCUGAGCAUCAAGAGGCCGCUGCCAGCAGUGCACCGCAUGGCACAGAAUCGACAGAAGAGUCAGACUCUUCAGACGAUGACGAUAUUGACCCAUCGCUACCCGAAGGUUCCGAAAGAGUUUCCAGGAGAAGCAGUAGAUGGUCGGCUUCCGGCGAGACACCAGUGUCGCAACAGGGAUCGAGUCGUGCCCCAUCCGAACCUGCUCGAAAUGUAGAGGAGCAGCUAGAGCUGCUACGUGCUGAACGACGCAGGCUUGCAGCCAGGAUGCGACGCCUCCGCUUACUGUGGUCAGGUGAAGAGGUCUUCGUUAGAAUGUGCAUUCACAAGGAGUCCGUGAGGCGCCAUAGGAAAGGUAAACCUGCUGUAACCCCAUCGACGGAGAGAAUUGCUAAGCUCAGGUCGCUGUACCAGCAGAGGUCGAAUGAAAAGAAACAGGAAAUGUUGCAGCUCCAGCGCGAGAUUCAGGCUGUCGCAAAACAAAAGACGCAACUUCACCAGGAGUGGCGCUUGCUCCGCAUUCGAGGCAGUAGGGGAACACACGGGUGGGAAGCCCAGCCGGGUUCUUCGACCUCGACAGAUGAAUCUCAAAGUGAGUCUCCGAAUGCAGAUCUCCUCUCAACAGAGUCAGCAGCGCACACCAGUAGUCCAGAAAAAACUUGGCACACCGCCACUACAUCGUGUACAGCGUCUGACGCAAGCCAUUCUUCAUGUCGCUUGGAUUCGACGAAUAGAAGAAUAUGCGGACCAGGCGGUCCCAGGUUGCUCAUGUGGGGCACGGACUCCGGCGCAGCACCACUGAGACCGAACCCAAAGGCAGCCGUACCUGUGCGGGCGGAUGAGGAUAAAAGGGGGACACCAUUCAGCGAGCUUACACUGAUCAGAGCUCAGAAGGCUAACCUCCUUGCUAUGCGCCGCACGAUUCGGAACAAAUGGAAAAGCCAAACAGCAUAUGUGAACAUGCGAAUGCACGAGAUAAACUUCCACCGGAAGGGAAAAGGUUUGCCUCCGCUGGAGUUGACGCCUGAGCUUCUCCGGGACUUUUCCAGCCAAUACAAUCAAAAAGUGGGGGAACGCAUGAAACGUGUAGAGAGCAUCACCGAACAAAUAAAGGCGCUUGAACAAAAGGGAAAGGGAGUCGUUAGGUGUCGCCGGGCAGAUCCACUUCGAACGAGUGCAGCACACGAGUCCGACAAGUCGUGCCCUACCGGCGCAAGUGGGAAGGAACCAGCGACAGCACCCGAGCUGUCCACUCAGCCCGCGCUGCAGUUCCACCGACAGGUGCCAAGCACAGACUCGACUUUGCAGGUCGCCAGCACGUCACAUCUACUCUCGGCCGCGCCCGGUGCUCCGCCAUCCCGUGAGCAGGUUCCUAUACUUUCAUGGGGUCCAGUCUCGACCACAGACGGGGCCCGGCUGGAGUCCCAAUCAGCAUUGCCUGCAUUGGGGUCUGCAGGAAGAAGUCACACCACAACAGCAGCGCGCUCGGCACACAUCAUAGGCCCACCUUGCGUUGCUCCUCCGUCAUGCUUGUGGCAGCACCAGGAGACUCCCGUUCAGCUCGGAAGCACAGAAUCCCCCUCGGCGGCUCCGGAUCCCUUUCCACAGUAUUCACCGUCUGACACGUCGGCGGCAUCAUAUGCCAUCCCCUGCCGGACUGGGGACAGCGGCGAAACCCAAUACCCGUCACCCUCGCAAUUAGAGCAGCACGCAGCUGCGUGUUCGCCUGGACGAUUUGAGCCCGGAAGUGAACUUCCUGCAGAGCUCUUGGAGUUCAUUUUGGAUCAUUCCACAGCUGCAUCGGCUGUCUCUGCGCAUACUUCUGCUGUCCUGGAGAAACCAGUUCCCUUACCCGCUGAGCCGUGGAGCCCAGGGAUUGCGUUCCCAAACAUUGUUUCUCCAUCUGAGCAGCCGUCAACCAGCCAUUGGUGGCCCGAUCCGCCCUCGAGUUCCUCCGACAGACGGUUAUGGCCUUCUGCACCCUUCGAAGGUAGGCUCUCGUCCCCAUGGCCAUGGGGAUCAUAGUCCGAGGACGAAAAAAGUCAUCUGGAAAAAAACGCACCCGUACCGUUUCGGACUGUCAUGGCACGUAGUUUCCUAGAGACGGGUUCCCCAUGCACAUCCAGCUCACACACGUUUUUUCCUCGGGGAGGUACUGAAGGCGCUCAGCAUACCGUCUGUCGAUAGGGUCUGAUGUGACUAUGUGCUGGCAUAUCGACGGAG